UAUUCCCCUAAAACCUUGGUGUAUAAAUAAAGAGCAGAGCAGCAACUUGUCCAAAAAAAAAUCCCAAGAAACUGAGAGGGCAGAUUCAAGACUUUAAGAAGAUCAUAAUCAGAGAAAUGAAGAAAUGUGAACUGUGCAAAUCUGCAGCAAGAGUGUUCUGCGAUUCAGAUCAAGCCAACCUGUGCUGGGAGUGCGAUGCAAGGGUUCACUCGGCCAAUUUCCUCGUUGCCAAGCACUCAAGAACUCUCCUCUGUCAGGCCUGCCAAUCCCAGACGCCAUGGACAGGCUCAGGCCCCAAGCUGGGCCCCACAGUCUCUGUCUGCCAGGCCUGUUUCGGCAGAAACUCCAGCACCAGUGCUCCAGAUCAUGAUCUUGAGAAUGGCGCAGGGGAUCAAGAUGAUGAUGAUGAUGAGGAGGAGGGUGAAAAUGGUGGAGAUGAAGAUGAAAGCGACCAUAACUCCGAAGAAGAAGAAGAAGAAGAAGAUAAUCAAGUAGUUCCAUUCUCUUCUUCAACUCCCUUGCAGUUGCAGCAGCCUCCUUCUCUCCCUUCCACUUCCUCCAGCAGUGAAGAUUCUUCCACCAGAUUUUACAGAGAAACAGACCCCUCCAGAAAUGGGUUCCUCUCUAAAAGAACAGAUGAAAAUGCCAGCUCCCAUUAUGAUGGAAUCGAAAGACCCGACGAGAAUGCAUACCAAAGGACGAGGUCAUGGACAUGGAGAUAAACCACUGCACAGAGAAGCUAAGCUGAGAAGCAAAUUAAAGAUUUGAUUUUUAUGAUUUGCAGUGAUGAUAGAUGUUUAAUUUGUUGCAUCAAUAAUUAAUCUUUGAGUAUACCUUCCAAGAGUUUGUAAAUGGCAUCCAAGGUAGCUUAGUUUUUUCUUACCGAGCAAGUUGCUAUGAUCUCUCUUACCAUUAGUGUCUCUAAACUACUGUUCUUAACUUUAAGAAUAUCUGUUUAGUUGAUUAGCUGAUGCUUUUGUAUUUAUAUUAUAAUACUGAGUACCAAUUUUCUUGAAAUGGACAUUUUUGUUUUGCCCGAA